AAUAUUUAAAAAUGUCAGAAGAAACAAUUAUGUCUAUGAAUGAUCAGGCAAUUAAAAUUGAACCACCAGAAUUUUCAGUAGUAGACAUUAAACCCGUAGUUGUGGAGGAAUUAGAUGUUCUGGAUGAUAUUGAUAAAUCUGAAUUGUGUUCUGAGAAAGAUGAAACUUGUUUAGAAAGAUUCAAUAAUUCUGAAGUUACAAUAGAAAAAGAAGUCAAACAGGAGUCAAUCGAAACAUCCUCUUAUGAAUGUGACAUUUGCAAUCAAUCAUUUGCAGAAUCAGAUCAAUUAAAAGACCAUAUGGUCGAUCACAUGCCCAGUCACAGCAAAGAGCUCCAUUUCGAAUGCGAAAUUUGUCAUAAGAUUUUCAAACGAUCAGGUCAUUUAAAAACUCACAUGAUUACACAUUCUGAAGAACGUCCCUUCAAAUGCCAAUUUUGCAACCAGGCAUUCAAGCAAUUGUUUGUUUUGAAAAAACACAUGCUCAUUCACGGUGAUGAGCGUCCCCAUGAAUGCAGUAUAUGCAAUAAAACAUUCACACAAUUAAGUAAUAUGAAAAGACACAUGUUCAUUCAUAGUGGUGAGCGAUCUCAUGAAUGCAAUAUAUGCAAUAAGACAUUCAAACAUUCAAGUCAGCUAAAAAGUCACAUGAAAACGCACAGUGAAGCACGUCCCUAUGACUGUAAUAUAUGCAAUAAAACAUUCUCGCGAUUAGAUAGUCUGAAAAUCCACAUGCUCGUUCACAGUGAAGAUCGUCCCCAUGAAUGCAACAUAUGCAGUAAGACAUUUAAACUAUCAAGUAGUCUGAAAAGUCAUCGUAUGCUCGUUCACAAUGGAUUGCGCCCCUAUGAAUGCAGUAUAUGCAAUAAGACAUUCACACAACCACGUUAUUUGAAAACUCACAUGCUGAUGCACAAUGGAGUACGCCCUCAUGAAUGCACUAUAUGCAAUAAGGUUUUUUCAGAAUUAUGUAAUUUGAAACGUCACAUGCUAACACACAAUGAUGUACGCCCUUAUGAAUGCACUAUAUGCAAUAAGACAUUCACACAUCCAAGUACUCUAAAAAGUCACAUGCUGAUACACAGUGGAGUUCGCCAUGAAUGUGAUAUUUGUAAUAAGACAUUCACAGAACUAGGUGGUUUGAAACGUCACAUGUUCAUUCACAGUGAUGAGCGUCCCCAUAAAUGCAGCAUAUGCGAUAAGGCAUUCAUACAACCAAGGGAUCUGAAAAAUCACAUGCUGGUUCACGAUGGAGUGCGACCCCAUGAAUGCAAUGUAUGCAAGAAGACAUUCACAGAAUUGGGUAAUCUGAAACGUCACAUGACAAUGGAUUCAGCUCUAGCCUACAUCCAACAACCAGCAAACGCGAUAGUCCAACACCAGCAGCAAACAUACCAAAUUCCGGAUACCAGCUACCUUCAAACGCAGCAGCAGAAUAGUUUUCAGCCUCAAUAUCAAACAUUCAACUACGUAGAACCUGGUUCCAUACAGUUCUACCAGCAGCAGGUUGCAAACAACCAGCAAGUCGCGGACGAGCAAGCUUAUCAAGCACAACAACAAGCCAAUAUCGAUUAUCACCAAUCCGAAGCUUCUCAGAGGAUACCUAGUAUAUUACCUUUGGUGGAACCAGAAGCGCAGAACGAUAUAACUCAGCGGCAAAACGUGGCUAUUGAACCUUUGCAAAACCAGCAAGAGUUGGAACAGCUUAUAAAUCCUGCUCCUCCGACAAGUCCUUCCAGCGAAACUGAAAACCAGAACAUCCAAAUGGAUCAUGCCUUUUCUAGGAACUACUUCACGACUUUGCCAAAUCGGCAAGCUGCAGAAACAUUGGCGACUCUACAGGCCGCAGGCAAUAUCAAUAGCAACUUGAUGAAUAUUUUGAAGAAGAAACAGCAAUAUUCGAGAUCAAAUUCAGAGAAGAGAAUUGCAGCGGAAAAUAAAUCUCAGACUAACACUCAACAUAGUCCACAAAGUAGUCCCCAAAUUAGUCAACCAAAUGCACCUGCUCCAACAGAAAACAAUAAUAACAUGAGGAUAUACGUUCCGGACUACAAUGAUAGUUAUGAAGAUUCUGUGCAAACAAGCAUAGAAGUCAACAAGACGAAUAGGAGUACUGAAAAAAUCAAUACGAGCCAGGAAAGGUCGAGUAAUUUAUCCAGGGAAAGGCAACUCCCCAGACGAAGCAGCCAGAACACAAGCAGUACAACACCAAAAAAUAAUGAAAGUACAAUACAUUAUGCUAAAAGUGAUCGAAAGUCAUAG